CCUAUAAGAGAACUGAUUUUGCGGAGUGACAACUGGUGGAGAAUAGACGUUCUGCAGAGGUUCACGAACCGGCAAUGGCGAGAAAAUUUUCGUAUGUCUCGCCCUACAUUUAUGUACCUGUGUGAACUUCUUGAUCCACAUAUUUGCCGUGAAAGUAACACGUUCGGCAAGAAUCUGUCAACACAAAAGUGUGUUGCAAUAACUAUUUAUAGACUUGCAACCAACUGUGACCUAAGAACUGUUGCCAAUUUGUUUGGUGUUGCUCGGUCCACGGUUUGUACCGUGGUACAUUCUGUCUGUAAAGCAAUAGUGGUCCACCUGAGGCAGCAAUAUAUUGUAUGGCCUGAAGGGGACCGGCUAACUGAAACAGUUAACGGAUUUCGACAACUAUAUGGCUUUCCGCAGUGUGUCGGUGCAAUCGACGGGAGUCACAUCCCUAUAAUUGCUCCGCCUGACCACCCAAAUGACUAUUACAACAGAAAGGGUUGGCAUUCCAUUGUGUUACAAGCCGUUGCAGAUCACAACUUAAGGUAGGAUAAAAGCA